CCCCACCCCCGGCUGCCGACGUGGGGACAGCGGCCGCUGGCUGUUAGGGCCGGGGCGUAGGUCCCGAGCGGGAGGGGGAUGGGAGGCCUGCGGCUGCUGGCGGUGGCCCUCACCUGCUGCUGGUGGCCGCCGGGCGGCCAGGGUAAGACCCUGCGGGGCAGCUUCAGCAGCGCCGCGGCCCGAGACGCUCAGGGCCAGAGCAUCGGCCACUUCGAGUUCCACGGUGACCGUGCUCUUCUGUGUGUCCGAAUCAACAACGUAGCAGGAGCUGUUGGAAAAGAAGCUAAACUCUACCUGUUCCAAGCCCAGGAAUGGCUACAGCUCCAGGAAGGCAGUCGUGGUUAUAGCUGUAGUGAAAAAUUGGCCAAAGCUCAAUUGACAAUGACCAUGAAUCAGACUGAACAUAAUCUGACAGUGUCCCAGAUUCCACAUCCUCAAACGUGGCACGUGUUUUAUGCAGACAAGUAUACAUGCCAAGAUGACAAUGAGAAUUCUCAGGCGGAAGAUAUCCCAUUUGAAAUGAUGUUACUAAACCCAGAUGCCGAAGGGAAUCCAUUUGAUCAUUUUAGUGCUGGAGAAUCUGGGUUGCAUGAGUUCUUCUUCCUCUUAGUCCUCGUGUACUUUGUGAUCGCUUGCAUUUAUGCUCAGUCAUUGUGGCAGGCCAUUAAGAAAGGAGGGCCCAUGCACAUGAUUUUAAAGGUCCUGACGACGGCAUUGCUCUUACAAGCUGCUUCAGCUCUAGCUAAUUACAUCCAUUUCUCCAGUUACUCCAAAGAUGGAAUAGGGAGACCUUUUAUGGGAAGUUUGGCGGAAUUUUUUGACAUUGCUUCCCAAAUCCAAAUGUUAUACCUGCUUCUGAGUCUGUGCAUGGGUUGGACAAUAGUGAGAAUGAAGAAGGCUCAGAGCAGACCUCUCCAGUGGGAUUCUACUCCUGCGUCCACUGGCAUUGCUGUAGUCAUCGUCAUAACGCAGAGUAUUUUGCUACUUUGGGAACAGUUUGAAGACACCAGUCCUCACAGCUACCAUUCACAUCACAACUUAGCAGGGAUCUUGCUUAUCGUUUUAAGAAUUUGCCUAGCACUGUCGCUAGGCUGUGGACUAUACCAGAUCAUCACAGUGGAGAGAAGCACGCUGAAAAGGGAGUUUUACAUCACGUUUGCCAAAGGCUGUAUCUUGUGGUUUUUAUGCCAUCCAGGUCUUGCAUGUAUUUCUGUCAUUUUUAGUGACUACCAAAGAGAUAAGGUUAUUACAGUAGGUGUUAUCCUUUGCCAGUCUGUUUCCAUGGUUAUUCUCUACAGACUCUUUCUGUCCCACAGUCUGUACUGGGAAGUCUCGUCACUUUCUUCAGUAACACUACCACUGACCAUAUCAUCUGGGCACAAAAGUCGGCCUCACUUCUGAUACUUGAUUUUCUUUCAAGGAAACGUGAAUUGAUUUAAGAGUGCAAUAAGGAUCCAAAUGCAGUGACUUUUCUUUCAUACUUGCGGUAUGGAAAAUUGAACAAAGAAUGCCCAGCACGUUAUUUAUACAGCUGCAUUUAAGCAGUAUCAAACUGAAAAAAGGUAAUAAGCGUUUUGAAAUAUGCUUAAUAAACUUUGAAGAAAGAGUGUUGUUAUAAGGUGAUUUAUGCAAUUUCUCUGUGGAAAUUAAGAUGAAAAAGAAUGAUAUGAUAUUUUAGUAAGAGAUUCACCACUUACAAUGCCUCGUCUUACAUCAAAAGUUAACUCAGGUUUGAUAGUCUUGUAAAAAGUAAUCAGUUAAAUGAUUACUUGCUUAUACAUAUCUAACUCCAAUUACAAAGUCGGUGUAAUACACUGAUUUAAAACUGUUUCUUUUUAUGCUUUGAGGAAAAUGCAUUUCGUAUUGGAGUUUAAAGGAAUUGAAAAUGAAAUUACUUGGAAUGUGAAUAUAAAGUAUAUUUAUGGCUAAAUGAAUAAGCUUUUGUUUAUUUGUUGUGGGGUUCUUCUCCAUUUUCCUCUAUCACUUCUGGCUCUAGUUCAGGUUCUAGCUUGAUUAGCAAAGGGUUUCUGGCAGAUAACUUAUGAAAACUAAAGCUUAGAUACAUUACACGAGUUGUUCCUUACAAAGAGUUUUCAAAUGUAAGCACUUAGGUGAAGAGACAAGCAGGGUUAUAUGUUUAAAAAGAAAGAAGGAAGAAGUACUGUGUGAUAUGGUACUAAAAUUUUAAUCCUGAUAAUAAUUCAUUUCUCUUACAUUGAAUCCCCAAUCGUAAUUAAGCCGUAUACACAGAUUAAAUUAACAGAAGCAUUUCACAUAAAUGUUGGUUUCAGUCAUCAACUACCCAUGAAUUCCUGCCCAAGGAUACUUAAUCAGGAUUAAAUUUUCUAUGAAUAAUUGAAAAACAAAAUACUCACUGGAUUUGUUAUAAUCCGUGUUGGCACUGGAUUCUAAGUAGUUGCCAUCUUGAAUCCUUUGUAAUAAAGCCAUAUUUUUUUGUGUAUGUGAUGCCCAGUAUUGAGUAUGCUAGCUGCAAAACACUCUAUCAAGUGCCUGUUUAAAGAAUUGCUAAAUGGUUGUCAAUACCUGCUGUAUAAAAUGAGUCUUCCCAUUAGUAGUCACUGAUUGGAAAUGAUUCUGUUUCUGUGUGUCAUGUCGCUCAGACCUUUUCACUUUCACAUAUGGCUUACUUUUAAAAAAAUAUUCUUUAUCUACUUUCAAAGGUAUUACAUUUUUAAGCAAGAAAUGGUGCACUGAUCUGGUAAUUAAAGUUUUUAAUUAAGUAGUUAACGUAGCGUAACUUUAAUAUAUCUAUGGCUUCGUCUUUGUUUUUACCUUACACCUCGUCUCAUUGGAAAUGAACGGGAUCUGUUUCAAUUUAAAGGCACAAUGCAUGUGUUCAUGAGCAGCAAACUGGCAGAAUGACAGAGGUCAGCCUGCUCAUUAAAUCAUUCUCCUAACAGUUCUCUGUAAAUUAUUUAAUAAAUGAGGGCUACAGGUUACCACUAGAAAAUCUGAAGUAUAUUUUCAGUUUCCAUGAUCUGCUGUGGGGUCAUGACCUUUCUUUGAGCCCAUCUCACUCAUAAUCCCAGUUGCUGUCUGUCAUGUUCAACUGAGGUGCAGUUAAUUGAGCUGGAAAAAAAAGGUGAAGCCUUUUCAUAAAUGUUGUGAACUUGCAGCAGUAGAAAGGGAGUAACUUUUCUGUUAUUCACGCAAAGAUCAUAGACACUGUAAUCCGAAUAUAUGAAAGAUCGUAGAAACUGUAAUCUGAAUAUAUGAAAUGUGCUAUUGUGCUUGCAUAUGUGAAACUUUAACAGGUCUUUUUUUACCUUAAUUAUCUUUUAAUUUAUGGUUGGAUUUGUGAUCAUUUAUUUUGUUUUUCAAGAGCCAUUGUUAAAUGAAGGAAAACAGUUGUUAAUAAUUAACAUAUAACGUAUAAGACAUUGUCAGUAAAUUUAGGGAUUGGAGCUCAGAAUAUACAGUCCGUAAAUCGUGGCACAGCCUCGCUCUUCUCUUGCUGACUGUUUACAAGGAGAUCAUCUGUCAGCGCCGAGCAUGGAGGCAUGUACUGCAGACUCUCCUUAAGGAUCAAAGCUGUCUGCUGUUCUCUCUGUCGGAUCACGCUUUCUUAAAGUCUGUGUUUACACUUUCUCCUUAAAGAAGAUGAGUAGUCUGUCCAGAGCUCCUCUUUUUGUUUUUUUCCAGGAGCAAUUUAUUUCUUCCUUUAAGAGGGUAUAGAAGAUACUUGUGUUGACACAUGUAACAACAUUAGCUCCGACUUAACUGAACGUCUGCCGUGCGUCAGGACCCUCGCUGUGGUCGCUGAGCCCCACCGCGCUGGCAGAGCUCUCCUUCAGCCGCAUCUGAGAGAGAAUAAAUGCGUUCUCUAAAGGCA